AUGGGAUACAGGAGAGCUUUUUAUGAGCGAAAGCUCAAAAACUUUGAGAUUCACUGCUUUCUUCAUAAUAUUAGAGAGGCAUAUGAAAAAGAAGGUUUGAUUUCAUUGCAAAAAAGAAUUCUUUUUUCUUUAGAGAAAAGAAGUAUGGAAGUGUGUGAUUGUUAUGAAGGAAAGAAGUUGAUAAAAAACAUGUUGUGCAAUAGAAAAGUUCUACUUGUCCUUGAUGAUGUGAGUGACAUUAGCCAACUUGAAAAUUUGGCUCCAAAGCAAGGAUGGUUCAGCAAAGGGAGUAUAAUAAUAAUAACAACCAGGGACAAGCAUUUGCUAUCCUCGCAUGGUGUAUCUACUAAGUAUGAUGUGAAAUUCUUGAGUGAUAAUGAGUCUCUUGAACUUUUCCUUCAAAAAGCCUUUAAAGGAGAUAAACCUAAUGAAGAUUAUUUGAACCUUGCUAGAACCGUCAUUGAAUAUGCUAGAGGCCUUCCUUUAGCGCUCAAAGUGUUAGGUUCAUUUCUUUGCAAAAGAACUAUAGUGCAAUGGAAGCAUGCACUAGCUAAGUUCAAGAAAGUUCCUCCAAAUGACAUUUUAAAGAUACUUCAAGGGACAGAUGCUAUUCGGGGAAUAAUUCUCACAUUAGAAAAGUCAUGUGAUGCAUUUUGGGAUCCUGAAGCCUUCUCAAAAAUGAGUAAUCUCAAGUUACUUAUCAUUUCAAAUUGCUCACAUGUUUUACGUUUUCAAUUGAAUCUUCCUUAUGGACUCAAGGCCCUUUCCAAAGAGUUGAAAGUGAUAAUAUGGGAGAGGUAUCCAUUAUUUUACUUGCCAAGUCAGCCUCAACUCCAUCAACUUGUUGGACUAAUAAUGCGCCAUAGCAAGUUAAAAGAACUUUGGAGCGGAAGACCGUCUCUCCAAAGCCUCAAGUCCAUUGAUCUUUCUUAUUCAGAGUACCUCAUCAAAACUCCAAAUUUUGAUGGAAUUCCUCAUCUUGAAAAAUUGAUUCUUGAAGGGUGUUCUAACUUGAUUGAAAUUCACCAAUCCCUUGGACAACACAAGAAACUCGUCAUUGUUAACUUGAAAGAUUGCAGAGAAGUUAAAAACCUUCCAAGGAAAUUUGAGAUGAAUUGCUUAGAGACUUUUGUUCUAUCUGGUUGUUCAAGAGUUAUAAAACUUCCUGAGUUUGAAAAAGAUAUGGAACGUCUGUCUAAACUUGAUUUAGAGGGGACUGCUAUAACAAAACUGUCUCAAUCACUGGGCAAUUUGAUUGGUCUUGUGGAGUUAAAUUUGAAGAAUUGUAAAAAGCUGGUUUGUCUUCCAUGUGAUGUUUGUAAAUUGAAAUCUCUGAAAAUGAUCAAAAUUGCUGGCUGCUCAAAGUUUUCAAGCCUACCAAAGAAUUUGAACGAAAAAGAGGCUGUGGAAGUGCUUGAUUUGAGAAAAAUUGCUAUAAAAAGGCUUUCACUUUGUGAAUACAAUGGUGAAGCACAAUCUUCAUCAUCAUGGAGUUGCUUCUCCCUUAUUCAAUGGCCUUUGAGCUCAACAAAUUUUAUGUUAUCAUAUCGCUAUCUUUGUCAUACUUGA